GGCGCUGGUGGCGGCGGUGCCGAGGAGCCCAGCCUUGCCCGCGGCAGCCGGCUGCGACCGGCGGCGACGUUUGAGGACUGAGAGACACAAAGAAGCCCAGGCGGGCAGAGUUGCAGACAGAAACAAAGGAAUGGAUGAAUAGCAGCUGAAAUUGUAUUUUUAAGACAACCAAAAGGAGAACGUGUUCUGGGUGUGGCUGCAUGUUAUUUACCCAAUAGCCAAAGUGGGGGGGCGCCGAAGGGGAAAAGCAGAGCGUCUGCUGCUGAAGGGACUGGAAGCUGAGGGCUGCAGGAUGAAGACCUCUGGAACCUGUAUACUGUUUUGUGUCUUAACACUCUUCUUGUCCCCAGUUGACUGGUUUCCAUGGAUGGUCAAUGGGCAAGAACUGGAAAGUGCAACUGAUGGAGUUACCCCCGACAGCAGCUCUGGUACAGCUGCCACACCACCCGUGCUUCUUCCUCCUGUUCAGUCUGACAGCGAAACGACAACGUCUUCAUCAGACUGCCGUGAGGAAAAGUUCCCUUGCACGCGCCUGUACUCUGUUCACAAGCCGGUAAAGCAGUGUAUCAGCUACCUCUGUGUUACAAGCGUGCGUCGCAUGUACGUAAUAAACAAGGAGGUGUGCACUCGCAUUGUCUGCAAGGAGAAUGAGGUCAUGCAAGAUGAGAUCUGUCGCCAGCUGGCUGGCCUUCCUCCUCGACGUCUCCGCCGAUCCGGGCAGCCCCUGCCUCUCCCUUGCAGACAGCUCCUGGAGCAACAGCGCAGGCCUGAUGCUCUGUGAGCUACCAACAGUAGGAGAGGAAAAGGAAGAGAGAGAAGUCAUCAUCCACUACCUACAGUCCAAGACAAGUGCUUCUUGUUUGUGAUUCCCCCAUUAUUUCCUUGCUUCUAUGCCUUCUUCUACAUCUUCUUCUUCAGGUGCUUCAGGGCCCAGACUACCCUCUCUGCCAAUCUGUCAUGGUAGCUGUUGUCAUCUUUAUAAUCUAUUGCUGGGGAUAGAGGACUCUCCCCUCUUUUCUCUCAUACUCUGCCUGGCAGGCUGUGAGCUGCUCAUUUCCCAGAGAUCCUUAUAAAUGUGCUGCACCUUCUCUUGUUUUGCCCCUGGAGAGAGCCAGAAAUGGGGACAGGAUGAAGGACUCCCCAAUGGUAGAGGUGUCCUAAGCUGCAUCUCAUCUCACCUUCAUGCCCUAGGACUCCUGUCCUAGAUUUUUUGCCUGGCAUCAGCAUGAGCUCAGAUGUGGUUGGUCAGCCUGAGCUUCUCUGAUUCUCCCGAGCCACUGAGUUUGUUGUGUGAUAGCAUGUUCUCCUCCUUGUGCCUGCUGGCCUCAGGGAAGCGACAGAACUGGGAGAUGAGCUGUCCUGAAGCCAAGGCACCUCUCCCUUGAUGGAAAUAGAUAAUUUAUAACUACCUCUGGGAAGUUUUUGUCUCAAGCCCAUUGCCUCCUUCACAGACAUCUCCUACCAAAAGGAAAAAUUACGGAUUUAGUAUGGCAUUAUAUUUUUCUCAAAAAUAUUAUGUUGGAUCAGAGUGCUGCCUCUUCUACUCCUCCUCUCCUCUCCUCUCCUCU